AUGGAACUAUUAGAGGAUGCAUGCCGUUUGGCAAUUAAAACAAAACAUCCCAGCUCUUUCCCUCAGUAUUAUGCAAAUCCAAUUCUUGAAGCCGCAAGACAAAAUUCAUAUGAGGUGGUACAACGUAUUGUGUAUUUCUUCCCAAGUGCAAUUAUGAGUGCGAAUGAAGAUGGUCACAACGUUAUUCAAUAUGCUCUGAUAAAUCGAUCAGAAAAGGUUUACAACCUACUUGAUGAAAUGAGCGAACAUAGGAAUAUAUGUCGAACAAUUAAAGACUCUUCUGGGAAUAACCUAUUGCACUUGGCUGCAAGAUUGGCACCAUCCACUAAACUGAAUCUUAUAUCAGGGGCAGCUUUACAGAUACAACGAGAACUACUAUGGUUUAAGGAAGUUGAAGGAUUUGUGUGUCCUCUAAGCAUCAUUCAAAAGAACUCUAGCGGCGAAACACCAAAAAUGGUAUUUACUAGAGAGCACAAAGACUUGGUGAUUGAGGGAGAAAAAUCGAUGAAGUCUACUGCAAAGUCUUAUACAAUUACAGCUGCAUGCAUUGAUCAUCACCAUUGUGUUUGCAGCAGCCAUUACAGUUCCCGGAGGAAGCAACCAGGAUACUGGAAUACCAAUUUUUACCUACAAAACCGCCUUCACUAUAUUCGCAAUAUCAGAUGCCAUAUCAUUAUUUGCAGCUGUUACGUCACUAUUAAUGUUUUUGUCGAUUCUCACUGCACGUUUUGCUGAGCAAGACUUUCUCUUCAAGUUGCCUACAAAGUUGAUAAUUGGUUUGACCACCUUGUUCAUUUCAACCACAGCCAUGAUAGUAGCUUUUGCUGCAACUUUGUAUCUUGUAUUUGGUCGAAGCCACUCAAGGGUUCUUAUCCCUAUAGCUGUGUUGACAUGCCUACCAAUUACUUCGUUUGCGACCUUGCAGUUCCCUCUUGUCCUUGACUUGAUGAGUGCCAUAUAUGGGCGUAGUAUUUUUGGUAAGAAAAGAGAUUAUUCUUAUUGGGAUAGAGAAAUACUGAUUUGAUAAUAUAUUUGAGAUCAUGGGGAUCAUAUAUAGUGGAAGUUGUGAACUACAUUGUAAUGGUUUGAUUCUUGGAAAAUAGCUGUUGUGAAAUCAUAGAGUAAAAUAGCCUGGAUUUGUCAUUACCGAAACAUAUUAACUACAAAAUAAUAUAGUGAUCUUAUCAUUAUACACGGCCA